GUUUAUUCAAGAAUACAUUAAUGUGUCAUAGCCAAGAUGAACUUUUCUAUAAUAAAAUUUAGCAACAAAGACUUUGACUCUCUUCAGUUAUGACAUAUUGCAGAGGGAAUGGAAAAGAACCUCGAGAGGAUUCGAUAUUCCUAUUAAGUUAAAUGAACGCGAGCUCAUAGUGGGGAUGACAAUCGUACCAUAAGAACAAUGCUUCCACGAUAUUCAGACGAUACUAUAUAACUGGAGCAUGCUAUCGCGAUACGCCGUUAGUAAACUUGUAAAAGAAGCCGGAUAUUUCGGAUUCGGGUUAACGAAAAUUGCGAAAAUGUCCACUCAAGAGGAGCUCAGUUAUUGCUAUGACUUCGCCUUGGAUCUUACUAUAAAAUCUGGAAAGGUGAUUCGUGAUGCUUUCCAAGGAUCUAAGAAUAUUGAAACAAAAGCUGGAGAUUGGGAUCUGGUGACGCAGUAUGAUAAAAAAGUCGAAGCUAUUUUAAUCGAUAAUUUAGCAAAAAAAUUUCCUACGCAUAAGUUUAUUGGCGAAGAAACAGUGUCACAUUCCAAUUUUCUGCCAGAACUUACGGAUGCACCUACAUGGAUUAUCGAUCCGAUUGAUGGAACAACAAACUUCGUACAUUCUUUCCCGUAUACUUGCAUAUCGAUUGCAUUAGCUGUGAAUAAGGAGCUCGAGAUUGGAAUAGUUUACAACCCCGUUUUAGAACACUUAUUCACAGCCAGAAGAGGCCACGGAGCGUAUUUCAAUGAAAAACCGAUUAAGAGCUCGACCAUAGAAGGACUCGAGCAUUCUUUACUGUGCUUGGAGGCUUCAUACGCGACUAUCGAGAACAUUCGCGAUAUCAUUUUGGGAAGAUUGGAGGCUUUCGUUUCGAUAGCACGCGGAAUAAGAACUAUGGGUUCAGCGGCUUUGUCUCUGUGUCACGUUGCCAUGGGAGCCGUCGAAGGAUACCACUCCGACAACCUGAUGCCCUGGGACGUCGCUGCGGGUGUACUUAUAAUCAAGGAGGCUGGCGGAGUGGUAAUCGAUACAAAUGGUGGAGAAUUCAACGUUAUGUCACCUAAGCUGCUAGCUGUCGGUAACUGUAAGCUGGCGAAAGAACUCGUAAAGUUAAUAAAACACGCGGAUCUGAAAACCCAUCAGAGAAUGUUAUUAUUGCAAAAGAGUGCAAAAUAAUUAUUACGAGUUCUUGUUGAAGGCAAAAACUUGGGAUAACGACGUCGUUUUCAAACAAAAAAGAAAUACAUUCGUCUUCAAUGUUAUUUAAAAUAAUAUAAAUAAAAUUUAAAUAAAACUACGUGUGAAGGUAAAUUUUUGUUUAAAAUGUCAUGUCAUCGCGGAAAAUUAUCGUAUCAAUAUUUAUCAUAUCUUAGAAUUGCUAAUUACGAAUUGCUAAUUAACGAUGAUAGAACAAAUGCGUUCAACCACGUAUUAUUUGUGUAAAACGAAGUAUACAAUACAGUUGAUCAUGCGGCGAUCACUAAAAAUCGCUGUAACACGUUAAGUACAAUGUAUAACAAAUCAGUGUACCGAACAAGUAAAGGUCAUGCAUGGGAUUAAUAACGCUAAUUGUAAGAGUGCACGCGAGGCCAGCGUAGGAGCAUACUUUGCAGUUUGAGAGUAGCAGCGGGCCCGGCCAAGCCUUACUGGCGAGAGCAUAUCACAUUGAAAGUGUAAUAGGAAAUAACACGCACGUAUACGUACAUACAGUUACUGAAUAGUAAGUGACAUCAUUAUUUUACAUUUUGUUCCAUUUCUCUGAUAUCUCUCAGAUAAAUACAUAAAUACAUAAAUACAUAAAUUGUUAAACGAUAUUGUACUCAUAUCGUAAUCUGACGAUAAGUUAAUACGUAGUAUUAAUUAGUAAGUUAACGUGAUCGUACGACUCAAAUAAAUACGUAAAAACGUUUUAACAUAAAACGUAGUAUUAAUUCAGUAAAUACGACUACUUGUAAUGUGAGUAUUGUAAAAUUAUUGUAUUAUAAAAAAAGACGAUAUGUAUUAUGUGAAUGAAUACAGUAAAGAAAAAAAAAACAGCGA